AUGAGCGACGCAGGUGACGACGACCGCUCGACCCCACCAGCGCGCAGUCGUGAAGACGACGAGGACGAGGACGAGGAGCCUGCGCUGAAGUACGAGCGACUUGGGGGCAUCACUCACCAGCUCCUUCAGAAGGACUUGGCCUCCGCCAUUGCGUAUGCAAACCAGCGAAUACCCUUGGCACGUACGGCGGCAUGCUGCACAUCCUAUCCCUUACCGGCGAGCUCAUCAAGUCCUUCCAGCCCCAUUCCGCCUCCAUUGCCGUCAUCUCCGUCGACAUCACCGGAGAUUGGGACACAACUGCUUUGUUCCAUCAACGGGGUGUCAAGAUCUACUACAGUCCCCCAGACGCGCAUCACCUACAUCGACCGCCCGCCUGACAGCUCUCGCGCCGAUCUGUUCAAAUGCACCCUUCACUGGCAGGAUGACUCCUCACUCCUCGUCGCCUGGGCCGACCAGAUCAAGGUCACUCGCGUCCGCGCCAGGCCGCGCACACCCACCGCCUCCGCCUCCGCCAACCUGCCCCCGUUCCUCGUUGACAUCACCGCCGUCUUCCAGCUUGACUGCAUGGUCUCGGGCAUCGUUCCACACCCACUCGGCAACUCCCCCUCCACCGCCGGCACGGGCAUGUUCCCUAUCCCGAGCGACGCCGCUAGUGUUACUUCGGGAGGCUCCGCCGUGCAGAAGACCGCGGCGGCCCCGAGCCUGACCGCCUUCCUCAUCGUCGCGUACACACCACCGGGCACGUCGCUCCUCACGGGCAACGAGGCCGCAGCCGACCGUGCGGAGCAGAUGCGCAAGGCGGCUGAACGCCCCGAGCUCCGUAUUGUCUCGCGCGGAGGGGAGGAGCUUGCCGCAGACGCACUUGUGAUCGCAGGCUUCGAGCGGUGGGGAUGCAAUGAUUAUGUGUUGAUAGAGGUGGACGCGACGUUGGCGGAGAGGUAUUACGUCGUGCUCAGUCCGAGGGACAUCGUCGUUGUGCGCCCUAGGGAUUGGCGGGAUCACGUUGCUUGGCUGGUAGAGCGACAGAGAUACGAGGAGGCGCUAGAGGUGAUUGAGAGGCAGGCUGCAAUGGGCGUGACUGCCGCGCCGGGGCAGGACGCUGUGGACGCCGUGCACGUCGGUCAGCGGUACAUCGAGCAUCUGGUCAGCCAAGGCAACUGGGCGAAGGCCGCGCGCCUCUGUCCGAAAGUCUGUGGACAGGAUCUGAAGCGAUGGGAGGACUGGAUAUUCCUGUUUGCGCAGAAGCACCAACUCCAGGCGAUCAUUCCAUUCGUCCCGACAGAAUCGCCCACACUAGGUCAUCUCGUAUACGAGAUGAUUCUUGCGUACUUUCUUGCGCACGAUCGUCACGCGCUAUUGCGGAUGAUCAAGAGCUGGCCGAAGGAGAUCUACGAUGUGCCCGCCGUCAUAGUAGCCGUGCAAGCUGAGCUAGACCGUGCUCCCUCAUCGGCGAUGAAGACAACAGCGCCUGAGACAGUGCUUCUCAUGGAAUGUCUCGCCGAGCUGCAUACCAUGAAUCGACAGCCUGGCAAGGCCCUUCCCUACUUCUUGCGCUUGCGACGGCCGAACGUCUUUGACCUCAUUCGCGAGAACAACCUAUUCACUGCGGUGCAAGAUCAGGCCCUCCUCCUGGUUGAGUUUGACCACGAGCUCAUGGAGAAGCAGAGGAGAGAAGGCGAAGACGUGCGUCGGGAAGACAGUAGAGCGAUUGCAUUGCUCGUGGACCAUAUACAUUCAAUACCCAUCGGACGAGUUGUCCAGCAGUUACAAGGACGACCCGACUAUCUAUACCUCUACUUGGAUGCCUUGUUCCACAAGGACCCUCACCUAACAUCUGACUUUGCAGACAUGCAGGCGUACCGCGUAUGUAACGACCGAGACAUGGUCCCAGAGAUGGUGUUCCUGCUGGGUCGGAUGGGGAAUAACAAGCAGGCAUUGACCUUGAUUAUCGAGCGACUGGGCGAUGUCAAUCGGGCUAUCGACUUCGCUCGCCACACCAGGCAGCGUCUUUGCCCUAUAAUCAUAGAGUAA